AUGGUUGAUACCUUGCAAAAAGCUAUUGGCGCGAUGUCUUUGGACGAGGAAGAACCUCUGGUUUUACCAGACAGUCCCCGAUUUAGGGUGUUUGAUGAAAAUUCCAUAAGUCUGUUGGGUCGCCUCCUUAAUCCCGAUUGUCAUUCUAUGGCUCGUAUGAUCGACUACAUGCCGACGGCUUGGCGAAUGGAAGGUAGAGUGCGUGGAAUUGCUUUGUCUCGCGAGAGAUUCCAGUUUGUUUUCCAGAGGGAAGAAGAUCUGGAAGUUGUUCUCAAGGACAGACCGUGGUCGUAUAAUCAUUGGGCAAUGGCGAUGGAAAAGUGGACCGAGAAUCCCCCUGAGGAUUUCUUACAGACAAUGCUCAUCUGUAUCCGUAUCAGACACAUACCGGCGAACUACUUUACUACUGAGACGAUGUUCAAGUUGGCUGAAGAAGUGGGGAAAGUUGAGGAGAUUGCGUAUGAUCCCAAGGUCUCUCAUACCAAGGACUACAUAAGGGCGCUAGUGUGUUUUAAUGUGGCUAAUCCUCUAAAGGCUUCUCGUAAACUGAGUACCCGAGCUAAGGUUGUGACUAUUGAGUAUGAGUACGAGAAGAUUCAUAAACGAUGCUUCCAUUGCCUUCGAAUGUCUCAUGAAAAGAUACGAUGCCCUUUGCUGCGAAAAGGUGUUUCUUCAGGACAUAAGACUGUGCCUGUUCAGUCGUCGAAUGCAAUCCAGAUUGUGGAAGCUACUGUGAAGCCUCAUGAUCGUGUGAAUUUCGGGGAGGGUCCCCCUGGUUUCCCUCCACUCUUUCCGGAGUUAUCUAAACAAGAUAAUAUCAUGGCUCUUCAGUAUAUCUCGCAUGCUGACGAGACUGAGAGAAUGGCUAGGAUCCAAAGAGUCAGGCAAGGUAUUGAGGAUAGUAAGACUGAAUCUUCAAUUAGGCUGAUGCGUAUUACAGGAGAUGUCGACAAGGGGAAGGGCCAUGUUUUCAACUACUUGGAUACGACAGCUCAGAGCUUCCAGAAUCAUCCUUUAAGGGACGAUCCUCAGCGACAACAUCAAAGGAAGCGUCUUGGUGAUGAAGAGGCAGAAUUGUCUUACUCUCCUCUCUCGAUUGUCUCGGCCCCUGUUCAGGUUCCAACGGUUUUUCGUCUGGGCCCUUCUUCGGAAGGGCGGGUCGCUGGGAAUCAGAACCAUGGAAAAGCUCCGAGGAAAAGACCCCAGUCUUGGAAACGCAAGUUGACAGCAAGAGCCGUGACUUCCCCUACCUUUCAAGAAUCUUGUGGCCCUUCUUCUUCUCAAGGGAACAUGAAGAGGAAAUCUCCUCUUCCAUUACUUGCAGCAGACAACAAAACUCCGAAAACCGCAAACCCUACGGUGGCUUCCGCAUUGAAGCCGCUGCAGCCCCAAUGA